AUUAACAUCGGUAGUUGAUAUGUUAAUUAUAAAUAGUUUUUAUGUUAUUAAAACGCUUUUUUGGGUUCCUGGUACCCAGAAGGCGCCGGGUCCAUGGCGACCAAAUAAUAUAUACAAAGAACGCCUCUCAAAUAUCGUUCUUAAUUCAUAUAUCAUGUAAGAAGGGAGUUACUGACAGUAACUUUUGGAACCAAAUUACCAAACGUGUCAUAUAUCUAACGAGCUCAUUGAAUGCAAACAAUCUGUCAUAUAUAUCUUAUGGUUUAGCUAAAGCCGGCAUUUUAAACAAAGAUGUUUGGGAAUCUAUCAUCACAAGGUAUUAUCACAUCCAAAAUGAUUGCAAUCAACGGCAUUGUUCUUUAAUUGCGAAUGCUGUUGCUAAAGUCCAUUUCAUUGACAUUAAUGUCAUAAAAGAUAUUUGCACGAAAUUACUGGUUGAAGGGCAGCGGAUUACACCAAGAUAUCUUGCUAUAUUACUAAAUGGCAUUGUCAUUCGUGAGUAUCGAGAUCAUAACAUCAUUGAAAGGCUCCUACAAUUGUUAGACCUGGCAAACACCGUUGAUGAUAUUGCCUCUUUGGCGAUUCUCUUAAAUAAUUUAUAUGAAUUGGAUCAUUGCAGUAAAGCGACGCUGUUCGAAUUGUCAAGGUUGCUGACGGUUCAAUUGAACGUACAUCUUGUGUAUAACCCGAACUGUGCUGCGAAAAGUUCAUCAAAUGAACUCUUAUCUACUAAAAGCAUGAUCAAUCGUGAUCAUCAGCACGAUGAAACGCUUGUUUGCUUUGAUGGAUUCAAUACACCUGAUGGAGCUACGGGAUCAAUUGAAAAACGACUGCCUAUAGAAAAACAACCAAUAGGAGGAAAACCGAAAACUAGAAUAACACAACACUUGGCUAUCAUCCAUAGAGCAUAUAGUCAUUUUCACUACUUUAAUAGAGAGUUGUUUGACCUGUUGUUUAAAAUAAUGGCACUUUAUCAUCGCAGUUUCAAACCGCCAGAAGUUGUCAUGAUAGCUCAUUCUAUGGGAAUAUCGAAACUUCAUAAUGCUGAUGUUGUAUCAAAGUUCACCCAGCAGCUACUAAAAAGACCGAAUCUAUACACUGUUGAUAUGGCAGUUGUAUUUCUAAAUGGUAUAUGUAGAAAUAAACACAAUGACAACGAAUCCAUGAGGAUUAUAUUGGGAAACAUUUUAAGUCAUAAAUACUGUGGAACUCUCAGUUCAAAACAUAGCCUUACUGCACUAAAGGUGAUGUCGAAGACUAAGAUUGAGGACAAGGAACUUCAAAAUUCAUUCAUCAUCCAUAUUAUGAAUAAUCUCCAACUGUUGGAUGGGCUUGAACUAGCGAAUUCGGUGCUUUAUGCAGCGAAGCUUCAAGUAGAAUGCAUGGAUUAUGAUAAGGUCGUCAAUUAUUACCUAAGCACGUAUUCCCCCGAUGAUCAUAUUAAAAAUGCACAACACGUGGCUAUCAUGUAUUACGGACUCUCAUUAACAAGUAAUAACCUCUUCGAUAAAUACAAGUCAAGCAUCAUAGAUUUGAUCGAUUCCAUACCGAUAAAUUUAUUCGAACCGGUAAAUAUAGCGAAUAUACUUAAAGUUAUGGCUACGAAAAGUUUGUUUCAUGCUGAUAUAACGCCGCAAUGUUGUCAUUAUCUAGCUUAUAAUAUUAAAAGGUUUAACACACAACUCCUAGUCAGUGCCAUACAAUCGCUUCAUUUGCUUCAAGCUAUAACAGAUAGCUUGUGGUUGGAAUUAUGUUUACAUGCGCAUCGAAUUAAAAAGGUUUCAAUUAAUGAUAAUAUCAUUUAUCUUAACGUAAUUUUAACUGAAGCUACAAAUGAUCGUAUGAGGAUUAAUAAUGCAACGGCCGUUCUAAUCGAAGCUUGCAAGCAUUUAACUGAUUUAUUAUCGUACUGUUUGAAUUCCACAAAUCUCCACAACAUUCUAUUAAAUAAAUUACAAGCAUGUGAAAUAAAACUCAGAGGACUAAAGGAUGACUAUUCUAAUCCAGAUUUUCAAAUUGGGAGUGUAAUAUCGCUAGUGUUGCAUAAAAUAGACAAAAUAAUACAAAUGUUAAGUAAAUGAAGAAACAACACAGUUGUAAAAAUUAA